AUGCAGUUCACCUUCGCAUCCGUCCUCUCCUUCCUGGCCGCUUCCGCCGCCGCCCUCCCCGCCUCCACCAACUCCAGCUCCAUCCCAGACGGCACCAAGUUCAACCUCCUCACCCUCAGCUCCGGCUCCCCGGUGCACUUCAGCUACUUCCAGGCCGCUCACCGCAGCCUCCUCGUCAAGCUCCCCGAGCAGGGCGCCAACUGCACCGGCGGCGAUGACAUCUCCAACAACAAGGCCACAUUCUACAUCAAGGACCAGGGUCUGUACCUGUACGGCCCCGAGGGCGGCGAGACCCAGCAGGUUUACACCGACCUGUCGGGCAUGGGCGGCGGUGUGAUCCAGUACAGCACCGGCAACGAGGGCCUGCCGCGCUACGCCCAGCGCGGUCCCUUCACCGUCAACGCCGACGGCUACCUCCGCCUCGCCGGCUACGGCUUCGUCGCCUGCCCCAGCUUCAACGAGAGCUACAGCAUCGCUGCCGGCACCGCCCCCAACGCCGCCGGUAGCACCGACUGCAUCAACCUCACGGCUCUCGUCGUCAACGCCACCCAGCCUGGUGCUUGCGUCUACUCUCAGCAGUAA